UAUCAGUUUAGUAAGAGAAUUUGCUUUAAUAACUAUUAUUCGUUGUAAGUUAAUAAACAAUAAGAAUACAUUUUUUUUAUAAACACAAGCUGUCAAAAUGGCACUCAUUACGGCUUAUUGGAGCCUGGACGGCAUAAUAAUUUUGACAACUCUCAUCGUAUCCGCCUACCUUUACAUGACUCGCAAAUUCAAUUAUUGGAAAAAACGAGGCGUUUCGGAAAUAAGUCCGCCGACGCCGUUCUUAGGCAAUUUUACUGAAUGCGCGUUGUUAAAGAAAUCACCUGGCUAUCUCAUGAAGGAUUUUUACAAUCAGGCGAAGGGGCUACCAUACAUCGGCUUCUACGUUUUAGACAAACCCUUCUUCUUGAUUCGCGAUCGAGAAGUCGUCAAGAAUGUUUUAGUAAAGGAUUUCAAUUAUUUUGAUGAUCGAUACAGCUCGGCUGAUCCGAAUGAUCGUUUGGGUUACACUAAUCUCUUCUUCCUAAAAAAUCCGGCUUGGAAGAUAUUAAGAACAAAGUUGACCCCAAUCUUUACGUCCGGCAAGUUGAAGAAAAUGUUCGAGUGGAUGCUUGAAUGCGCUAAGAAUCUAGACACGCAUCUAGAAUCUUUGAAAGUAGACGAUGUGAAAAAAGAGAUAGACGUGAAAGAUUUAACCGCCAAAUUCGCCACGGACAUGAUAGGAUGCACCGCGUACGGACUCAAUGUAAAUUCGUUGAACAAUCCGGACGCCGAGUUCCGGAUGAAUGGUAGAAAGAUCUUCGAAUAUGGCUAUAUCCGCGGUUUCGAGCUGCUCGCGUUAUUUUUCUUUCCGCAAGUGGUUCGUUUGGCCGGUAUAAAAACGUUCGGCAAAGAAUCUAGCAUCUUCCUACGCAAUGUCUUUUGGGAAGUCAUCAAUCAACGCAUUGCAUCUGGCGUGAAGAGAAACGAUCUUAUAGAUAUUCUUAUCGAACUGAGAAAAAAUCACAGUCAUGAGAAUCUCGAAGGAUUCAAAUUUGACGGUGACGAUUUAGUAGCGCAAGCAGCCGUUUUUUUCACCGCCGGUUUUGAAACCUCUUCGACAACAAUGGCUUUUACUUUAUACGAACUUUCGGUACGGCCAGAUAUUCAAAACAGACUUAGGAAAGAAAUCGUUGACGCGCUCAACAAAGCCAAUGGUAACAUCACAUAUGACAUGGCGUUAUCGCUACCAUAUCUGGACAUGGUGGUGUCCGAAACAUUGAGGUUGUAUCCGCCGUUACCCUUCUUAGACCGAGUAACGACGAAGACUUAUAAGAUGCCGAAUUCUGAUCUGGUACUCGAAAAGGGUACGCCGGUUUAUAUAUCAAUGCUCGGCAUGCACCAUGAUUUGGAAUACUUUCCCAACCCGGAGAAGUUCGAUCCGGAGCGGUUCAACGAAGAGAACAAACGUAAUAUACCAUCGUGCGCCUACUUCCCAUUCGGGGAAGGUCCGCACGCAUGCAUAGGUAUACGUUUGGGGUUGUUGCAAACGAAACUUGGGGUUAUAAAAAUUUUGAGCAAAUACGAAGUGACACCCUCCAAGAGGACUUUGAUACCAAUGAAUUCAAUGUUAUCUAAAAUGGCGCUCAUAACUGCUCAUUGGGGCUUGGACGGCAUUAUAAUUCUAACAACCCUCAUGAUAAGCGCUUACCUUUACAUGACACGUAAAUUUAAAUACUGGAAAGAAAGAGGCAUCACGGAAAUUUUCCCGCCAACACCUUUCUUAGGCAAUUUCACGGAAUGUCUGUUACUUAGGAAAGCACCGGCGUACUUUCUGAAGGAAUUAUACGAGCAAUCAAAAGGCUUACCUUAUAUUGGUUUUUACAUUUUCGACAAGCCCUUCUUGCUGGUUCGUGAUCGGGAACUCGCCAAGAACAUCUUAGUGAAAGAUUUUAGUAUCUUCUCCGAUCGAUACAAUAAUGGGGACCCGAGAGAUCGUCUGGGGACCAACAAUCUCUUCUUUUUAAGAAAUCCAGUCUGGAAGAUGGUUAGAACGAAAUUAACGCCAUUCUUCACAUCCGGCAAAUUGAGAAAAAUGUUUGAUCUAAUGUUACAAUGUGGACAAAAUCUAGACGUGUAUCUCGAUUCGUUGAAACCAGAAGGUGAAAUAAUUGAAGUGAGAGAAUUAACAGCCAAAUUUACGACGGAUGUCAUCGGCAGCACCGCUUAUGGACUUGAUGUAAAUUCAUUCAAGGAUCCGGAUGCGGAGUUUCGCAAAUACGGCAAAAUGAUCUUUCAUUACGACACCAUCCGCGGCUUGGAGAUGCUCGCGAUAUUUUUCCUUCCAACUAUAGUUCGUUUGGCUCGCGUAAAACUGUUUGGCAAAGAACCCACCGCCUUUCUGCGCAAAGUUUUUUGGGAAACGCUUAAUCAUCGCAUGGAAUCAGGCGUAAAAAGAAACGAUCUCAUGGAUAUUCUUGUCGAAUUGAAAAAGAAUCAGGGUGAUCAGGAUUACUACGAAUUCAAAUUUGACGGAGAUAAUCUUCUGGCGCAAGCAGCAAGUUUUUUUAGCGCUGGUUUCGAAACCUCUUCGACGACAACGGCGUUCACAUUAUACGAGCUCGCAUUGCAACUUGAUAUUCAAACUACCCUGAGGAAAGAAAUUGUCGAGGCUUUCGACCAGUCCGGUGGAAAAAUUUCAUACGAUAUGAUUAUGUCACUACCGUAUCUUGAUAUGGUGGUUUCCGAAACCUUGAGAAUGUAUCCAUCGUUGGGAUACAUAAAUCGUAUGCCAAAUGAGACUUAUAAAGUGCCGAACUCGGAUCUCGUGAUUGAAAAAGGUACACCAGUAUACUUCGCAAUGCUCGGCAUGCAUUACGAUCCAGAAUAUUUUCCCAAUCCGGAUAAAUUCGAUCCGGAGCGAUUCAAUGAAGAGAACAAACGUAAGAUACCGCCGUGCGUCUAUUUUCCCUUCGGAGAAGGUCCACAUGCAUGUAUAGGCGCUCGUUUAGGGCUUUUGCAAAUAAAGCUGGCGCUUUUUAUAAUCUUGAGUAAGUGCGAAGUGUCACCGUGCGAGAAAACUUUGAUACCAAUGGUAAUUGAUCCGAGGGGUGCCAUGACAGUACCAUUAAACGGUAUAAUACAUCUCAACUUGCGAAAAAUUAAAUCCAGGGUUUAUUAAAACA